CUGGGCUGCCGGAAGUCGGGCGAAGGCCGUCCGCGUCCGAGUCGUCAGUCUCCCGAGUCCCGCGGGGGCUGGCUGGGGCUUGUGCCGCAGCCAUGGACGGCCCUGACCCCCGCUACCCCUGCUCUUCCAUCGAGGAUGACUUCAACUAUGGCAGCUGCGUGGCCUCGGCCAGCGUGCACAUCCGAAUGGCAUUUAUAAGAAAAGUGUACAGCAUCCUUUCUCUGCAACUUCUUUUAACUACAGCAACGUCUGCAUUAUUUUUAUACUUUGACUCUAUGCAUACAUUUAUACAGGAGAGUCCUGCUUUAAUAUUGGUGUUUGCCUUUGGAUCCCUGGGCUUGAUUUUCGCAUUGACUUUAAACAGACAUAAGCAUCCCCUUAACCUGUACCUGCUUUGUGGAUUUACACUGUUGGAAGCUUUGACGGUGGGCUUUGUUGUUACUGUCUAUGAUGUAUAUAUUGUUCUGCAAGCUUUUAUACUGACUACUGCAGUAUUUCUUGGUCUGACUGCAUACACUCUACAGUCUAAGAGAGAUUUCAGUAAAUUUGGAGCAGGACUGUUUGCUGCUUUAUGGAUUUUGUGUUUGUCAGCAAUCUUGAGGAUGAUAUUUUUUAAUAAUGAGACAGUGGAGUUGGUUGUGGCUGCUCUCGGAUCUCUUCUUUUCUGUGGAUUCAUCAUCUAUGACACACACUCACUGAUGCACAGGCUCUCGCCUGAAGAGUAUGUGUUAGCUUCCAUCAACCUCUACUUGGAUAUCAUCAAUCUGUUCUUGCAUCUGUUGCGAGUUUUGGAAGCAUUUAAUAAGAAAUGAUUGAAAGAAGUAUAAUAACAUUUAAAAAUAAAUUUUCAUUAAAUUUCAAAGCUAAUAACUGUUGACUGAUUUUGUUAUGUCAUAUUCUUCUGGGCUAUAAUAAUGUUAUUACUGUAGCAUUUUAGUGAAUUGUAGUGUAAUAAAAAUAGUAGAGAUUACAAUUUUUAAGAAACAGUAGAGUGUAGUAUAAUAAAAAUAGUAAAGCUCAAUGAAAAUAGUAGAGAUUAACUCAGUUUUUAAGCACACGCCUCAUUUGUGAGUCUGGAUUCCAUUCCCAGCAUCCCCUGUACCUGUAUAAUAUAUUUACUACUGUAUAACACUGUACUAAAUUGAUUAAAUAUAUAGAUUAUAGCCUUUCCUGUUUUACUAU